AUGGCUCGCCGCGAGUCGCUCUCGGAGAUCUUGGCUGCCAACCCAGAGCUUUCUCUCAGCGGCACCAUCAUCUCCGCGGCCUUUAACAUCCCGCAUGCGCUAACCUACCGCAAGGGUGGUGACUGGGGACUCAAACCCCGCGGCGGCCAGUCUGCUCUUUUCGACUCCUUCGCCUACCUCUCCUCCUCCGCGAAUCCCUUCAAACACACCGUUGUCUCCUGGACAGGCGAAAUCGACUCUCCCCUCGAACCUUUCGAACCUGUGCCCCUAUCACCGAGAAACACAACAGUCGGCGUCUCCUCUCUCAACCCUCUCUCGGCCCCGGUUCCCGUCGACGGGGUCGCGCAACUUCCCACUCCACCAACAGUUGACGGACUUUGGCUCCCUAAGGCAGACCAGGAGCGCCUAGAGCACCAACUUGCCAAUGAUACAAUUAUCAAAACUGUUCCUGUGUGGCUUGCGGACCAGGAUGAAAUUACUCCAGAGGGAAUAAUGCUGCGCGAUCAGGGUCGGUGGCGCGGCUAUGCCCACCACGACCUCUACAGCCUCUUUCACUACAAGCAGCAUGAGCCAAGCGAUGGCCGGAAAGAAAAGAUACAGUGGGCUGAUUAUUACCGAAUGAACCAAAAGUUUGCCGCCAAGAUCGUCGAGAUAUACAAGCCAGGCGACAUUGUCAUCAUCCACGACUACUUCCUCAUGCUCCUCCCUAGCAUGCUUCGACAAGCAGUCCCCAGCAUGUACAUUUCAUUUUACUUGCACUGCCCCUUUCCCAGUAGCGAGUUCUUGCGCUGCCUUCCUCGUCGCAGGGAGGUUCUAGAAGGCAUCCUCGGCUCCAACCUGGUCGGAUUCCAGUCCUACAGUUACUCGCGCCAUUUCCUUAGCUGUUGCACCCGCAUUUUGGGCUUUCCUUCCGACACUCUUGGAGUUGAUGCUUACGGAAGUAGAGUCCAGGUUGGCGUUUUUCCAAUCGGCAUCGAUGCUGCAAAAGUGGAAAAGCUGGCGUGGGCAUCCUCUGUUGACACAAAGUAUGACGCCUUGAAGAAAAUGUAUGGCGGGAAAAAGAUCAUAGUUGGUCGAGACCGUCUUGACAGUGUUCGAGGAGUCGUGCAAAAAUUCCAAGCAUUCGAUCGUUUCCUCGAAAUGUACCCGGAGUGGAGGGAGAGGGUUGUCCUUAUACAAGUCACAUCACCAACCAACAAGGUAGUAGACAAGGAUGAUGGGGAGUACAAGACCUCGACACGCGUGAACGAGCUUGUCAUGCAAAUAAACGGCCAGUAUGGAAGUUUGGGAUUUUCCCCCGUACAGCAUUACCCUCAGUACAUCAACCAGGACGAAUACUUUGCCCUACUUCGAGCUGCCGAUAUUGGCCUCAUUACGUCAGUGAGGGAUGGCAUGAAUACAACCAGCCUGGAAUAUGUAGUCUGUCAAAAGGACGGACAUGGCCCGCUGAUACUGUCUGAAUUCAGCGGUACAGCUGCCAGUCUAAGCGACGCUAUCCAUAUCAACCCUUGGGAUCUUACUGACGUGGCCGAGAAGAUCAACGGGGCGUUGACCAUGCCUGAUGAGACCCGGGCUAAGAUGCAGAGCCGACUAUACGAGCAUGUCACAACGCAGACUGUCCAGUCGUGGAUUACUAAGUUUAUCCGGAGAAUCCACAGCGUGCUUGGUGACAACUCUAUCCAGUAUGCCACGCCACUUCUCGACCGUACCCUACUACUAUCACAAUACCGCGCAGCCUCGAAGCGUAUUUUCAUGUUCGACUAUGACGGAACACUUACGCCUAUUGUGCGAGAGCCAAGCGCGGCUGUCCCUUCGAGGAGACUGCUCGAAUCUCUCAAAAUUUUGGCUUCCAACCCCCGCAACUCGGUUUGGAUCAUUUCAGGCAGAGAUCAGGAGUUCCUGACCCAGCAUUUGGGUCACAUUCCCGAGCUCGGCUUCUCCGCAGAGCACGGUAGUUUUAUGAGAGAUCCUGGCUCGCAAGAAUGGAUCAAUUUGGCAGACAAGUUUGACAUGGGCUGGCAAAGCGAGGUGAUCGAUGUAUUCCAGAAAUAUACAGACAAGGUCACGGGCUCCUUCAUUGAGAGAAAAAGAUGCGCUAUCACGUGGCAUUAUCGCCUUGCUGACCCUGAGCAAGGCUUACACAUGUCACGAGUGGCUCACAAGGAAGUGGAAGACACAGUGGCUAAGAAGUGGGAUGUGGAGGUAAUGGCUGGCAAAGCAAAUAUUGAGGUGCGGCCAACCUUCAUUAACAAGGGGGAGAUCGUCAAGCGCCUCAUCGAUCGUUACCACAACCCCGGUCUAGUUGCCAGCGAAGGAAACGAGAAUGCUGGCAGAAUCGAAUUCGCCCUUUGCUCGGGUGAUGACUUUACGGACGAAGAUAUGUUUCGCAGCCUCAAUGGAGUUUCUGGCUCUGUGCUGGAUGCUAACCAUGUCUUCACUGUUACUGUCGGCCCAAGCACCAAGGUUACACUGGCCAGAUGGCACUUGCUGGAGCCAGAGGAUGUGAUUGAGUGUGUCACGCUACUCUCCGACCAAAAGGGUCACUUGGCGCUGGAACGACUGGGUGAGGUAAAUCUGGCCGCGUUGAGCUCAGUGGAGGGGCACAUUCCUGCGAUUUAG